AUGAUCUAACCGGGUGAAUGUUUGACUUAACCAGAAUUGAGGCAGCAGAGCUAGAGUAUGGAUUAUUUGGAAGAUCGAGAGAGAAUGGGCAGCUACGUUGGUGAAGGAAAGGUGGUGUGUGUCACCGGUGCUUCUGGCUAUAUUGCUUCAUGGCUCGUCAAGUUCCUUCUUCUUCGUGGUUAUACUGUCAAGGGCACUGUUCGUGACCCCAAUGAUUUAAGAAAGGUAGAUCACUUGCUUAAGCUUGAUGGUGCAAAGGAGAGAUUGCGCCUGAUUAAAGCAGAUCUCCAGGAAGAAGGUUCCUUUGACCAAGCCGUUGAGGAGUGUGAGGGUGUAUUUCAUACCGCAUCUCCCUGUUAUUUUGAUGCCAUUGAUCCGCAGACUGAACUUAUUGACCCGGCGCUCAAGGGAACUCUCAAUGUUCUUAGGUCGUGUGCAAAAUCUUCAAAUGUGAAACGAGUUGUUUUAACAUCUUCCUUUGCAGCAGUUAUACGUAAUGGAAAACCUCUAACUCCUGAUGUUGUAGUUGAUGAGACAUGGUUUUCUAGUCCAGAUAUUUGUCGGGAUAUGAAGCUCUGGUAUAAUCUUUCCAAGACUUUGGCUGAAGAAGCUGCCUGGAAAUUUGUGAAAGAAAACAAUAUUGACCUGGUUGUUCUCAACCCAGCAUUUGUGAUAGGGCCACUCUUGCAACCAUCACUUAAUGAAAGUUCUGCUAUGAUAUCUAGACUAAUAGAAGGUCAAACAUUUCAAAACUAUAGGACAGUAUGGGUCAAUGUAAAAGAUGUUGCAAAUGCCCAUAUUCAGGCUUUUGAGAUUCCUUCAGCUAGUGGAAGAUACAAUUUGGUUGAGAGAGUUGCGCACAACUCAGAACUCGUAAAGAUUUUGCAUGAGCUGUUCCCAACAUUACAACUUCCUGAGAAGUGUGCAGAUGAUGAGCCCUUCAUUCCAAACUAUCAAGUUUCUAAAAGGAAGGUCAAGACCUUGGGAAUUGAAUUGAUUCCGCUGGAAGUGAGUCUCAAGGAGACUGUAGAAAGCUUGAGAGAGAAGAACUUUAUUACCUUUUAAAUUUUAACUGUGAUCUCUCUCUCUCUCAAAAGAAUAAUUGUUGAUCAACAUGCUUAAGCAUGUGUUAUUUAUGUAAAUAGCUCCAUUGCUUGUUUAAGUUCAGUUAUACAGAUCAGAUGGCAAGGCUGGUGAUAAAAGGCUUGUAUAAAAAUAGGACUUGAUAGGAAAUAACUUGUGUUUACUAGGACUAGUGAGGCAUAUACUCUAUGAUGAUAGGCUGGGAAUAAGUCUCAAAAUAUAUACGAGGAAGUAUGUCCGUAAUCA